AUGGUGCGCCGACGAAAGGGGUUUAGGGGCCCCCGGGGGGGCCCCGAUGAGUACGAGAGCGGCUUCGCCUCUCCCAUGCACAUCCGGAGACCGUCUCCUGAGUACACCCCAAUGGAGCGGCCAUUGAUGGGGACCCCUCUUGUAAACUCUACGGGGGGGGAGAAGAAACACAAGAGAAGACGCAGCCGGUCUUCUUCUGUUAGCUCGAGUUCGUCGGAGAGUUCUGGGGAAAGACAGAAGCGGAGGAAGAGCAGCAAGAAACACAAACACAAGAAGAAACACAAGAGCAAACACUCAAAACCCAGAUCGAUUUCCCCUACUCGAGGCACAGAAGCAGCAGCAGCGUUAGCAGAAGAAGGUGCCCUGCCCCACGAGGGCCCCUCGGCAGAGGACCAUAUUGUUGUCUUUGACAGAGCGAGAAGGACAUUCACUUCCGAGGCACCCACCAGCAGCAGUGGGGGACCCAUGGGGGCCCCAUCCAGCCUGGGAACCCCGUCGUUUGAGUUGAAAAACUACUGGAAGGCGUUUGGUCUGUCUUCCGGCACGUAUUCUUUCGUUGGGGAGGGGAACGCGUUGCCGGCUGCGGCUGCCGCUGCGGCGGCGGCAGCAGCAGCAGCAGCCACGGCGGUCGGGGGUCCCACAGGGGGCCUCCUGGGUGCAGGAGAAGGUAAAAAGAAGGAUAAGGAUUCUGAUAAAGCACCUGUGAACCCAAAAACACACCCCCACCUCUAUUGGAGCUGCUGGAAGUGCUCGGCUCUCAACUAUAAGACGCGUCAUCAAUGCAUCAAAUGCAACCGGCUCUUCCAGCGAUAG